AUGUAUGCCUGUACAUGUAAAAGUAACAAUGAUGUCCUUGUAAUGUAUGCCUGUACAUGUAAAAGUAACAAUGAUGUCCUUGUAAUGUAUGCCUGUACAUGUAAAAGUAACAAUGAUGUCCUUGUAAUGUAUGCCUGUACAUGUAAAAGUAACAAUGAUGUCCUUGUAAUGUAUGCCUGUACAUGUAAAAGUAACAAUGAUGUCCUUGUAAUGUAUGCCUGUACAUGUAAAAGUAACAAUGAUGUCCUUGUAAUGUAUGCCUGUACAUGUAAAAGUAACAAUGAUGUCCUUGUAAUGUAUGCCUGUACAUGUAAAAGUAACAAUGAUGUCCUUGUAAUGUAUGCCUGUACAUGUAAAAGUAACAAUGAUGUCCUUGUAAUGUAUGCCUGUACAUGUAAAAGUAACAAUGAUGUCCUUGUAAUGUAUGCCUGUACAUGUAAAAGUAACAAUGAUGUCCUUGUAAUGUAUGCCUGUACAUGUAAAAGUAACAAUGAUGUCCUUGUAAUGUAUGCCUGUACAUGUAAAAGUAACAAUGAUGUCCUUGUAAUGUAUGCCUGUACAUGUAAAAGUAACAAUGAUGUCCUUGUAAUGUAUGCCUGUACAUGUAAAAGUAACAAUGAUGUCCUUGUAAUGUAUGCCUGUACAUGUAAAAGUAACAAUGAUGUCCUUGUAAUGUAUGCCUGUACAUGUAAAAGUAACAAUGAUGUCCUUGUAAUGUAUGCCUGUACAUGUAAAAGUAACAAUGAUGUCCUUGUAAUGUAUGCCUGUACAUGUAAAAGUAACAAUGAUGUCCUUGUAAUGUAUGCCUGUACAUGUAAAAGUAACAAUGAUGUCCUUGUAAUGUAUGCCUGUACAUGUAAAAGUAACAAUGAUGUCCUUGUAAUGUAUGCCUGUACAUGUAAAAGUAACAAUGAUGUCCUUGUAAUGUAUGCCUGUACAUGUAAAAGUAACAAUGAUGUCCUUGUAAUGUAUGCCUGUACAUGUAAAAGUAACAAUGAUGUCCUUGUAAUGUAUGCCUGUACAUGUAAAAGUAACAAUGAUGUCCUUGUAAUGUAUGCCUGUACAUGUAAAAGUAACAAUGAUGUCCUUGUAAUGUAUGCCUGUACAUGUAAAAGUAACAAUGAUGUCCUUGUAAUGUAUGCCUGUACAUGUAAAAGUAACAAUGAUGUCCUUGUAAUGUAUGCCUGUACAUGUAAAAGUAACAAUGAUGUCCUUGUAAUGUAUGCCUGUACAUGUAAAAGUAACAAUGAUGUCCUUGUAAUGUAUGCCUGUACAUGUAAAAGUAACAAUGAUGUCCUUGUAAUGUAUGCCUGUACAUGUAAAAGUAACAAUGAUGUCCUUGUAAUGUAUGCCUGUACAUGUAAAAGUAACAAUGAUGUCCUUGUAAUGUAUGCCUGUACAUGUAAAAGUAACAAUGAUGUCCUUGUAAUGUAUGCCUGUACAUGUAAAAGUAACAAUGAUGUCCUUGUAAUGUAUGCCUGUACAUGUAAAAGUAACAAUGAUGUCCUUGUAAUGUAUGCCUGUACAUGUAAAAGUAACAAUGAUGUCCUUGUAAUGUAUGCCUGUACAUGUAAAAGUAACAAUGAUGUCCUUGUAAUGUAUGCCUGUACAUGUAAAAGUAACAAUGAUGUCCUUGUAAUGUAUGCCUGUACAUGUAAAAGUAACAAUGAUGUCCUUGUAAUGUAUGCCUGUACAUGUAAAAGUAACAAUGAUGUCCUUGUAAUGUAUGCCUGUACAUGUAAAAGUAACAAUGAUGUCCUUGUAAUGUAUGCCUGUACAUGUAAAAGUAACAAUGAUGUCCUUGUAAUGUAUGCCUGUACAUGUAAAAGUAACAAUGAUGUCCUUGUAAUGUAUGCCUGUACAUGUAAAAGUAACAAUGAUGUCCUUGUAAUGUAUGCCUGUACAUGUAAAAGUAACAAUGAUGUCGAUGAUUGUCUUAUUGUCAUUUUCUGA